AUGACAGUAAAACUGUAUCCAAAUUAUUCAGAAACAUUCCGAAGUGGUGAACCAGGGUUAAAUGGUCUUAAAGGAUUGAAGGGUGAACCAGGUCACAAGGGUGACAGAGGGCCCCUUGGUCUCCCAGGAGCCUCUGGCUUAGAUGGAAAGCCAGGAGCCCGGGGUAUUGAUGGUCCCGCUGGUCCUCAUGGCCCUGCAGGUCCAAAGGGAGACAGAGGUGAAAAAGGAGUUGCAGGAGAUCCUGGGCCCAGAGGACCAUAUGGUUUGCCUGGCAAAGAUGGUGAACCUGGCCUUGAUGGAUUCCCUGGUCCACGUGGAGAAAAGGGUGAUGUAGGAGAAAAGGGAGAAAAGGUGACCUCAAUGCUAUUCAACUGUUGUUUGAUUACUUAGCUUAGUCAGUUGCUCUCUCUUACAAUUUGUCCCGUUAAGCUGGACUUUCUGCCUUCUGUGUGCCAAAAGGCCUAUCACUGCUCUACUAGACAAAGUCAUUUGUCAGAACGUGAAACCAAGCUUCCAUCCAGAUCCCCCCAAAAUCAGCAUAUUCCAUAAUCAGGGAAAGGUUUUCUCCCUCCAAGACUCCUUGCAGUCUGUGUUUGUUUAUACUGUAGUUACUGACAAGAGACAUUGGAGGAGCAAUAGGACAGGAGACUCUGGGCCAGAGUGACAGCUUUUGUAAAUCAAUAUACUGGUAGGGCUACAGACUUCAAAUAAAUGUGCGCUGUAUUUAUACUUCUU